AUGCAAUUUGCACCACUUGAAUCCUUCUCGUCCAGGGCAGUCGCUUGCUCACAGCGCCGACCCGACGCUGCGGAUUGGACCGUUUCUGCGACCUGCCACGCGUCGCUGGACAAUGACCGCAGUGGCUGCGCUCUAGCGGGCUCUAGAGGCUCUAGUACAGGCACGGAAUCCUCCCGUGCGCAGCGCUUUGGGCUAGUGCCAGCCUUUAGUGCUUCGUACCGCUGUACGUACCGGUACCAUUCUUGUCAACUCGAGCCAAAGCCAAAGCAAUCAAUCAAUCAAUCUGCCCGUCUCCACCACCAGGCCUCAACCAUCGAUCGCGCUUUUAGCCAAAUUGUCGUGGGAUCUUCGCAGCCCUCAUCGCCGUCAGCUGCAGCCAAACGAGACACGCCGUCGCCCGCGCCGCGCUGUCUCGGAUGCCGCUGGCACAACGGCCUGGCACGCCUUCUAGAAGCAGCGCAGAACAUCGCCAACUGUGAUUGCCAGGAGCUCGGAGUACUCCGUGCGAUUCCACGCCAUACGCGAGCGGUCCUCGCUCAUCUCGCGAUCCAAAGACGCAGCAGCAGUAGCGGUGAUGUUGCAGGCGCACAGCUUCGCACUAUUGCCCAUCGCUGGGGGCGCGCGUUCCUGCAGCCCAGGCAUCACAAGCACGUUGCAUCAGGCCCAAAUGCUGCUGCAAUGCUUGCAGCCCAGCCUUGUCCAUCACACAAAGCGGCACCGUGCUCGAUGACUGGGCUUGCUGGGCACCUCUUCCGCACUCCGAGCUGGGUUCGUGCAACGCUGCCUGCAUUCACCGGUCCCGUCGGCCUGCAUCCAUAUCGACAGGGUGCUAAACCAUCCCAGCACUCGGCAGCAUGCAGCAUCCUGGCCACCGUCAGGGGUCCCGGACCUGGUCGGCGAAGAGACCAACAGGGAACCGUUCCCCAGCACCAUCGUCUCCAUCGCUGCCCCCCGGUCGUCGACGCUACCCACCAGCAAGAGGUUCCGCGGUCCAAUCUCCUGACUGACCUGGGGUCAAGGAUAGCCCCCAAAUUUGGCAUUUUUUUGGGCGACGUCUCUUCCAGGGUCCUGGAUGGGAAGCCUCUCGUGCGCUCUGCCUCAGCUCAGCUCAGCUCCGUCAUCCAGAUAUAA